AUGGAAGAAAUAGGAAAUUUCAAAGUGGUUGAAAUGCAAGAAACGGAAAUAUCAUCUAAACUUAAAAAGUUACCUAAACCAAUUGGUUAUGAACGUGGGCUUUUAUUGGCUCAAAGGAAUCACAAGGACUCUCCAGGGUAUUCUAAGGAAGACACUGAGCAAAACGCAGAAGUACCACUAGCUGAUUCAGAAUCCUGGAUACCAUGGUUGGAUGAUCGAUUAGAAAGAGCGGUUGCCGAAGUAUUUAAUUUUAAACCAUUAGAAGACUUUUGGAUGUCACUGAGGAAUAUUGACGUGGAAAAUGAAAUGACUAUAAUAUUAGGCAAUACACAAACUGCUGAGGAAGUGAGUCGCGAAUCGGCAGAUUCAACGUCUCCGGAUAGAUCAGAGAAUGAUAAUGAUAAUGAUACGUUGACAACAUCCACUCUUGCUGAAUCGAACACGAUAUUAUCCGAAACAGAAGCAGCAACAGCUGUAGUUUUAUCACAAUCAGGAAUUACACAAACUACAACUACCACUUCCGUAGCAUUUGAAAGUGAACAAACGGAGCAAUCAUCUGCGCCGGAUCAGAUAGUAGCAAGUGUAGCAGCAAAUAAUGCAUUAAACAGGGAAGAAUUCAUUUGGAAUUUGGAUGCACCGCCAUUUGUACCACACAAUUUAAUUAAUAAUCAGUCUUGUCCAAUACUGAAUGGAAUUCGAACUAGCGAUGCACCACUACCGAUUUUAUCCGCACCUAUCGUAAAUUCAUCGCAUCGUCAAAGUUUCACUUCAAUCGAUCAAAUUACCUUAGCUAUUCAGAGUCGACCGUCAAUUGUGCAUGUUAAGCCAUCACAAUCACGAAAUUUCCCAUUUGUACAAAGAAGUGGAGAUGGUAUUGUCAUGCCAGCUUGUUAUAGUGGGCAAUUUCAGCAAACUACGUCAAUGACAGCAGCAACAGCAACAACGAGUGGUUCAAUUGGAGGAAAUGUGGCGAUGAGUGGAUAUAAUUAUUAUUCGAUGCCAGCUUAUUAUACAACAUCAGUUACACAGACUACGUCAAUGACAGCAGCAACAGCAACAACGAGUGGUUCAAUUGGAGGAAAUGUGGCGAUGAGUGGAUAUAAUUAUUAUUCGAUGCCAGCUUAUUAUACAACAUCAGUUACACAGACUACGCCAGCAGCAACAACGAGUGAUUCAAUUGGAGGAAAUGCGGCGAUGAGUGGAUAUAAUUAUUAUUCGAUGCCAGUUUAUUAUGUAGCAUCAGUUGCACAGACGAUGCUAUAUAAUCAAGCAGGAACGAUAUACGGUGCAAGUGGAAACAUUGAACAACCAAGUGGAUACGGUAUUCCGAUGUCUGGUUAUUAUCAAAUGCUGCAGGAUCGGUCCACUGUAAAUACACAAUAUGGCUCUGGUAUGUUUUAUGGUCAACAACCAGUUGUUUAUCCAUCUGUUGCACAAGCAACUGCAUAUUCUUCAUUCCCACGAACUCAUGAACAGAUGUCAAUCUGGUCUGUUUGGAAUGAAUGGUACAGUCAGUCAAGAAGUUAUGUUUUACACAACAAUGAUGAAUAUCCACCUCAUCAAACAUAA